AUAUAUGGUAUGAUGAUAUCAUCGCCAGCCAAUCGCUGACCAGCAAAGUUGUUGGGGACUUCCCCUGUACGUCACCACUUAGGACACAAGGGGAAUUUUCAGAACAAGCGGUGCAGACGAGCUGAGCACAGGGGAACUGACGGGUGUACAUGUUAACAGGUGCACGAUGUCUUCAUCUACAAACCAGCAGGACGUACCUGGAACUGUAGAUACUGACAGAGACACUAUGGACGGGGAAGGAGAAGUAGCCUUUGCCUGUGGUACAGUCAACUCAGAAGCUGAGACAGUGGACAUUGAAGCCAAGCCAGAUAACACAGUAGAUGCUCCCACACACCUCCUCUUCCAUAUUACUUCUGAGUCCUCUGACACCAAGAGAAUUCUUAAGUUUCUACCGAGAGGAAGCAUCAAGAAGAACAGCCGGGAACAUAUCAGUAUUGGUCGACGUGAGACGAGUGACUUGAGGCUUCAUCACGCUCAGGCGUCCAGGGACCUGAUGCGCAUUACACCCACAGUAAAUUCCUCCAACUUAUCUUUCACAAUAACGAACGUAGGGAGCAAAGGGUUUUCUGUCAACAACAUGGUACUGUGUAAGGGAGCUGAAACACCUUUAACUUCUGGUUCAGUUAUCGCACUAGAUUUUCUCAACUUACAAAUGACAGCAGAUAUCAAACCAGGAGAUGAUGAGAAGAUGUAUGAGGUCCAGUUCCAUCAUGUAAAUCAAGUUGCACAGGCUGCCACAAAUGACCAUGACAGACUAACUAGUAGCAGGAAACAGCAGCCCUCUUCAAAUUGUACAGACCUAAAUGUCCCUGUUUGUAAGGAAGUGUGCACAUCAAGUGAUUUCACUGACCAAAAUGAACACCUGUGUGGUAAGCAUGUUCAGCCCCCACCUCCACAGCAGCCACCUGUAGAAUGUCCACAUGGUCAGUGUACAUCACAGUCAAAGCCAGUGGAGAAGCAGGCAUCAGCAGAACCUACAGUACAAGAGCUGCUAACACAGUUAUCUUCUGGCAAUGGGUCUGCCCCCCAGGUUGUUUUUCUGGCACGUGACAUUGUUGUGAACAUGGGAGGUCAGGGGUUAGACACACGGCCACAGGGCCCUAAAAACACAACAGACACUACUAGAAAUGGGGAAGUGACUGCCAUGCAGGAGAGUGGGCAGGGGGGCUCUGAAGAGGGGUGUCCCAUCCAGGUAACAGAAGACGGGGAGUCAAGUAACCUGCCAGUCAUGUGCACUGAUACACAGAAUGAGGAGUGUAGUAAGAGCCCCAUGACUGAUAUCCAGGGAAGUGGAGGAUUACAGCCAACAAGUCCAGUAGAGAGUGAUGAUAGGGAUUCACGACAUGCCGAUGACGAAAGGCAAGGAGUUAAUCCUGGAGGUACUGUAGCAGAAACAGUGGACACUCCAACACGACUGACCCUUUUGGUUCACAAUCCUUAUCCAGGGUUGAAAUUACACUAUCCCAGCACCACUAUCACAAAAACUGCCAAACAGCCUUUUCUCAUAGCUGCAGCUAGAAACGAGAAGGCAGAUAUUCAAAUAGACGACCAACGCGUCUCUCGUGACCACAUGCAGAUUGAAUUCCUCACUACCAAGGCAGGACACUUCGGAUUUCAACUGAGGAAAGUGAAGAAGAAUAAGAUUGUUAAUGUUGAUGGACAGAGUGUUGAUGCUGAGGUGCCAGUCCAGCUGAAGUCUGGUAACAGCAUUUGUCUUAAGUUACCCGGAUCCCCAGUAGUCAAUGUGGAGUUCAGCGUUAAGGUUGAAACUGGGGAUGCUCCUGAUGUUUAUGAAGUUAUGGUGAAGAAAAAGUGAUCUUGAACCACUUCAGCUCACUGAAGAGAAGGCAGACAGCUUCAUGUGUGUAGUUAUUUUAUCCGUACACCUUUGCUGUGUUACAUUUAAAACUCUGUGGCCUUUUUGUAUUCUCUAUGAUUGUCAUCAGUGCACAUGGAAUAUUCCUUCUUCAGCAAAAUAUGACAUAAAAGUUAAUGUAAAGCCAAAUGCGUAAUGUAAUUGAAGGUAGGGUAUUGUUUAAACAAAGUGUUAGUCCUAAGGACAAAGUAAUGUGUUAAGAUAUACUUGUUACAGUGUUGUACAUAUAGUUUGUACUGUGACAUAUGUAAUAAUUAUAGAUAGUGUUGAACUUUAUCAUAGGUGCUUUGAUGUGAAUCUAAAUAUUGUGGAAAAAUUGAUUCUACCCAAUAAUUUUUCUUGGUCAAAACAAUAGCUUUAUAAAUCCCCAUAUACACGUAAAAGACCCAACUUCUUUGUUGUGAAAUCUCUUUAAUUAUGGAGAGAGAAAGAAAACACACAUUACAAAUGCAGCAUUUACAGCAGUGGGUCAAAAAUAUCACACUUAAGUGAAAAUAAUGCAAAAAAUAAUCUGUUUGUAUAUAUAUAUUACCAGUGUGAUCAAUUCAGCUAUCACACCUUAUCUAAAGAUCACUAAGAAUUAGUAAGAUAGACUGUUCUUGCAUAGAUCAAAGGUCAAAAGCACAUAAAAACCACAACAUUCAACAUUACUACUACUACCAGUCUACAUAUGAUGUGGAAAAAAAUUAUUAUAAAAAGUACUCAUGUUGAAAUGAUGGUACAUUGUAACAUAUAAUUCUGCAUAUUAAUGAUUCACUUUAACUUCAGUAUUUUAUUCAAAUGUGUCAUUUUAGGGUAUAUGAAUCAAGUUGAAUUUUGAGAGUUGCUAUUUCAGUAAUAGUUAUGAGGUUUGUACAUACCAGUUGGAAGCCAAUACUGUCAAAAGAAUUUUUACAGUCUAUAUUUAUGUUGAUAUUUGUUGCGUGUCUUUACAUGAUGCCACCUUUUGAACAACUUGGAAGAAUUGUCAUGAAUUCUAAUUCAGUGUGUACAAAAUACAAAUCCUCCCAGUAAUUUAAAUUUUUCCGUUUGACUACAUGUAACAUGUUACAUGUUUGUUGUACAUGUAUGUCAAGUGUAGUGAAAUAUGUCAGCCCUUUGUGUUGUCUAUAUCCUCUGAAA